AUGGCUGUGCGUUUCAACUUCAUUCGAGACGUGGUGGCAGAUGGUUCAUUGACUGUGACUAAAAUCGGGACUUUGGUGAAUCCGGCUGAUAUUCUCACAAAAUCGGGAGCUAAGAUUCCGGCAGGUGGAUGUCGGAGGGACUAUAUCGACAGCGACAAAGCUUGUCUUGCUGCUCAAGGGUGUACAGGGCAAACUUGGGAUUUUACAGAGAGGGACAAAGAGGUUUAUUUAAAAGCUGUGUUCGAUUCAGAGAGUAAGACAAGGGGAGAGUCACUUUUGAGUGUAGAGAGAGUAAGAGAGAAAGUUCUGGGUUUUGGGGAGAGUUCUUCAUUAUCUUCUUUUCUUCUCUUAAGUGAAACCUCUAGUGAGCGGUCAAGCUCACCGAGACGUACCUUGGCUGGUCUAAGCCUUGGGAACUCCUCUUUGCUUGAGAUAAAAGAAGCACGUUCUCGCUCACGGAAGAAACUUUUCUUCUCGCCCAAGAAACUUGACAAACCUAAGAGAGACGAACUCGCUAGUAAGUUUUCUGAUGAGAUCAGACACACGACACUUGGAAUGCUAAAACGACCACGAAACGUUUCGGUUCGGGUUGCAAAAUAUCCAGGUAUAUUUGCACAAAUCCUAGAAAGAACUAAGUCGGUAGAAGUUUCAACAGUUCUCACCACCGCAACUUCGUUGGCCGAAACCGUGGUGAUGGCUCGAUUGUUUGUACAAAAGUAUGUUCCUUACGAGGUGCGCCACUACAUCUCAUAUGAAUUCCACCGCCGCUUCGUUCCUGACCUUUCCUCUCACAUGACAAUAACCAUUGAAGAAUUUGAAGGAUUAGUUCACAACGAAGUCUUUGAGGCUGCAAAGGCCUAUCUAGCCACAAAAGUCUCUCCCUCCAACAAAAAAAUCAGAGUGAGUAAACACGAGAAAGAGAAAAACUACAACGUCACAGUGGAACGUGAUGAGGAAGUUGUGGACACUUUCAAUGACGUCAAGUUCCGGUGGAUCCUCCGUUGCAGCCAUGUCGAGUCAAAGAAUCAAGAGUCGUCAAAAGUCAGAUCCGAGGUCCGAUCAUUCGAGCUCAACUUCCACAAGAAAUACAAAGACGUAGCCCUUGAAUCUUACUUGCCAUUCCUGGUGAAAAGAGCCACGUUGAUGAAGCAAGAGAAGAAAAAGCUUAAGAUGUUCACUCUCGACAGAAAGUGGUACUCAGACACGUGGACCUCUGUUACUUUUGACCAUCCUUCUACUUUCAAGACGCUAGCAAUGGAUUCAGAUGUCAAGACAAGUGUGAUGGGAGAUCUAGACGAAUUCGUAAAGCGGAGCGACUACUAUAAGAGGGUUGGUAAAGCUUGGAAGAGAGGAUACUUGUUAUACGGUCCACCAGGCACAGGGAAGUCAAGCUUGAUCGCAGCCAUGGCCAAUCAUCUACACUUUGAUAUUUACGACUUAGAGUUAACUGCGGUUAGAGACAACUCUGAGCUUCGGCGAUUGCUGACUGCCAUUGCUAAUCGUUCGAUUCUUGUUGUGGAAGAUAUUGACUGUUCGAUCAAACUGAAUAAUAGGACAACUGAUGAACCUCCUAAGGAAGAUGAUUCAUCAAGUAACAAAAAUGUGACUCUCUCUGGACUGCUAAAUUUCAUAGAUGGUCUAUGGUCAAGCUGCGGGGAAGAACGAAUCAUAAUAUUCACAACAAAUUACAAAGAGAAACUCGACCCGGCUUUGUUAAGGCCCGGACGUAUGGAUAUGCACAUUCACAUGUCCUACUGCACGUUAAGUGCUUUCAAGGUUCUUGCUUCAAACUAUUUGGAGAUCGAAGAGCACCACCUUUUCAGCAAGGUCGAGGAAGGUAUUGAAGCCACAGAGGUUACUCCAGCUGAAGUGGCGGAACAACUUAUGAGGAAUGACUCUGUUGAUAAGAUUCUUGAGGGUUUGAUCGAGUUUUUGAAAGCCAAGAAGAUUAAGAAGGAACAGGAUAAGGCCAAAAUGGAGGAGCAAGAACUGGAGGAGCAACAAGUGGAGAACAAAGAAUCGACUACCAAGAAAAAAGAUUCAACGUUGAAGAAAAAACGAAAAGGUUAA